AUGUCUGCCGACCCCAGCCCAGCUUCACCCUUCUCCAUCCCCUUUGGCAUCAUCAUUGGCCUUCUCGCCUCUUUCGUCCAGUCUUUGGGAUUGACUAUACAAAGAAAGAGUCACGUCCUUAACCAAGCUCUGCCCGAGCAUCGCAGAAAGGUCGAGCAUCGACGACCGCUAUGGCUUCUCGGUUUUGCCAUCUUCAUCUCUUCAAAUGUUCUCGGGUCUCUAGUUCAAAUUGCCGCCCUACCCGUCGUCAUCCUCGCCCCGCUUGGCGCAGUAUCCCUAUUAUGGAACGCCUUCUUUGCCCGUUGGAUUUUGGGCGACGUGUUCUCCCCGUGGAUGAUCCUCGGUACUAUCCUGAUUGCUGGAGGUGCCGUGCUGAUUGCGGUAUUUGGUAUCGUGCCCGAGCCUACUAGGUCGCUCGAAGACCUGCUAGAGCUAUUCAGACGGCCGGCCUUUGCUGCAUACUUCUCAGUCCUCGUGUUCGUGGUGUUGCUCAGUUUAGGAGCGACCCACAUCGCAGAAUUCGCUCUUUCUCGCAAGCUCGGCCAGAAUGACGACGACUGGGAAGCUUCUGCCUUGUUAACCCCGUCAUCCAAUAUAAUCGACCUCUCAGCAACUGACGACCCGCCCCGAAACGAUGGCAUUCCAGGCCCGGCGAGUUUCGUAGCGGAUGAAACGACGCCUCUAUUGCAAGAUGUUAAGCCUAAUGGCACAACAGAGGACACCAAUAGCCGGGCUGGGCCCAACAGUUUACAUCGCACACGCAUUCUCAUUGCAAUCUCCUACGCUUCAUUUUCGGGCAUCCUAUCCGGCAUGUGCCUUAUCUUUGCCAAGAGUGGUGUUCAGCUGCUCCUCUUGACCUUGGGCGGUCAGAAUCAAUUCUGGCGCUGGGAGUCGUGGGUCCUUGUCCUCGGCCUCGUCGUCUUUGCCUUAUUGCAGCUAUGGUACCUGCACAAAGCGCUUAUACUUGCUGAUCCGACUCUAGUCUGUCCCUCUGCUUUUUGCUUCUACAACCUAUCUUCAAUCCUUAAUGGACUUGUCUACUUUAACCAACUGUCUUUGAUCAGACCGCUGCACCUACUUUUGGUCAGCCUCGGUAUCAUUGUCUUGCUCUGUGGUGUGUGGGUUGUCAGCAUCCAAGCUGGCGGAGGAGUCGUUGAUGUGACACCAUGGACGGACGAGCCCGAAGAGAUGCUUUGUAACGAAGCGGUGUCCCGUGAAGAAGACGAAGAGACAUGUCUACAAGAGGUUCCCGUUUCAAGACCAAGCGGGCCUCCUAGAAUUGGGCCUGUACCUCUCGACAGAGGCACGCGUUCCGAGUCGAGUGUUCCCAACAUCAACGCGUCCACAUUCAGUGACCUCCAUCCACACAAGCACCAUCGAGUAUCAACAGACUCGGAAGCAUCACAGCCUUGCAGACGACGAAGAGGUUCGACCACCUCCGAUGUUUCUCAGCAUCGUCUAUCACGACGAAACACGACGCAUUUACCUACAUCACCAAGCCUAGGCUCGCGUUAUUCUCUCAAACACCGGCUUGCGUCUGUGGGCAACGAGUUGUACCGACACUCUCAUGGAUCGACAACACACGGUGGCCCUCUAUCACCCCCGUUGAAUCCAGCGGGCUUCCAGAUAGGGCUGUCACCUGUAAGCCCUGGGUUCGCAAUUAUGCCAAUGGAGAGGCGGUCGAGGCAUUCGCAACAGCAAGCGGGAUUGGGGCUUGGGUUGCCGCCAGGGUCAUCGAAUCGGAGGAGGACAGUCAGCGAAGGGGAUGCAGCAGCCAGGAACGGUCUUAAUGCCGAUGAUGGAGAGCUUGAAGGAGGAGCUGGAGACGAGCAAGAAAGAGGGGAAGGGGCGGAUGGUGCUGAGGAGGGUUUGCAGCGGGAUCGUGGUUCUGAUGAAGACUCUUCGAGGUGGACGAGGCUGGCACUGGCCGAUGGCCUGGGCUGGCAAUUCGUAUUGUAUAUUGAACUUCUGUAUGCAAAAUUGAACCCAUUCCAUAUCCAUUCCGGCAAAGGUGCGGUCGAUAAGCGCAAGGUCAGGCCAGCACACAGUUCGUCAGACCCCACACCAUGUCAUAUCUUUGAUUCUGUUAUAUGGAACACUGGCUUCUUUUACCUCUCCACCACCGUCCUGAAAGACUCGGAGCCUAAGCUAGGACCCCCAAAUAUACCCCUCAAGGCCGGAUGA